AGCAAUCCACGACGCCAUGGCCUUCCUUCUGCUCUCCUCUCCUCUCCCUUUCUCCCGCGUUGCACUUCUCCUCAAGCUCCCCUCUCGUCGCCCAUGUUUCCCUAAUCCCAGCCCCUUCUUCACCCGAUGCCGGCGAUCGCCCUCCCCUUCUCAUCAUCCUCAUCACUCUCAGCUCAAAUCACUCUGCAUCGCCUCUUCCUCUGGCCUGAAACCCAUCGCUCGGAGCAUGGCUCGUGAGGACGUGCUAAUUCUUGGGAUUGAGACGAGCUGUGAUGAUACUGCCGCUGCGGUGGUGAGAGGUAAUGGAGAAAUUCUCAGUCAGGUUGCAUCUUCUCAGGCUGAUUUGCUUGCACGGUACGGAGGUGUUGCUCCUAAAAUGGCAGAAGAAGCGCAUAUAGUUGCUAUUGAUAAGGUUGUUCAACAAGCACUUGAUAAUGCAAAUUUAGCAGCGCGAGAUCUUUCUGCUGUUGCAGUCACAAUUGGUCCUGGUUUAAGUCUUUGCUUGCGUGUUGGAGUAUGCAAAGCUCGAAGAAUUGCAGGGAUGCACAAUUUACCUAUUGUUGGAAUCCAUCACAUGGAAGCUCAUGCCCUGGUUGUUAGGCUUGUUGAGAAGGACCUUCAUUUUCCUUUCUUGGCACUUCUAAUUUCAGGUGGACACAAUCUCCUAAUUCUUGCUCGUGAUCUUGGUCACUAUGUUCAACUUGGGACAACUAUUGAUGAUGCAAUUGGCGAAGCAUAUGACAAGACAGCAAGGUGGCUUGGCCUAGAUAUGAAGAAAGGUGGUGGCCCAGCUCUUGAGGAACUUGCUCAGGAAGGCGAUGCGGAUUCCAUCAAAUUUUCUAUUCCAAUGAGGCAACAUAAAGAUUGCAAUUUCUCAUACGCUGGUCUAAAAACUCAAGUUAGGUUGGCUAUUGAGUCUAGGAAAAUAUGCACCGAGAAUAAUCCUAUUUCUUCUGCAAAUCCAGAUGACAGAAGUUCACGUGCCGAUAUUGCUGCCUCUUUCCAGCGAGUUGCUGUUCUACAUUUGGAGGAUAGGUGUCAGCGAGCAAUUGAAUGGGCAUUGAAGAUUGAGCCUUCAAUUAAUUCCUUGGUUGUUUCAGGAGGUGUUGCAUCAAACCAGUAUGUAAGAACACGUCUUAGCCAUGUUGUGAAUAAUAGUGGCCUUCGGCUUGUGUGCCCUCCACCAAGUCUUUGCACAGACAAUGGUGUGAUGAUUGCUUGGACCGGGAUCGAGCACUUCCUAGCAGGAAGAUUUGAUCCUCCACCUCCUGCUAAUGAGCCGGAGAAUUACUUGGUUGACCUUCGCCCAAGGUGGCCACUGGGUGAAGAAUAUUCCCAAGGAAAAAGUGAAGCUCGUUCUCUUAAAAGAGCCCGCAUACAUCCAUCACUUACAUCCAUCAUUCAAGGUUCAAUGCAACAGCAAUGAUAACUACCUAAAUGUACAGUUGAUUUUGUACCCAAAAAUUGAUGGAGAGAGAAAGAGAAAGAGAAAGAAAGGUAGGAAUCCUGGUCUUCACCUGAUCAAGUGUGGAACAGAUAUGAAUGAAUGGUGUUUGCUUGCUUGAAUGAUGGUCAAUGGCCACUGCGCUAUAAUGCCUGCACUCGGUUUUCUCUUUUAAUUGGUGCGUUUCUUGCUGCCCUUGCCCAUGCCCUUGCCCUUGCCCUUGCCCUUGCCCUACCACUUAUUAUUUACAGGUUCUUUGAUUAUGUCUCUUUUCUCUAGAACAAUUGAUUUUUAUCUAUG